ACUUAGUAGAUAAGGUUAAGGACGAAAACUCAAAAAAAUAUUGGCAACAUUUUGUUCAUACGGAACAAAUAACGGUUGUAUAGCGCGAUGCUAAUUAAAUAUUCCGUGCAACCGGCCGAAACGAUAAUCUCAUUGUGAUUUUGGUGAUAGAUUCCUACAGUUACUGCAGUGUGAAAGUAAACGACUCAAAAAAAUAAACAGUGGACGUUUAUUUGUUUAUACGAAAGAUACAGAAACAAAUGUGCGGGUAGUUACAAAAUACUCGAUAGUUAUUAGGUACUUAAUCAAAGUGCAAGUGUGAGAAGCAAUUAACACGUGUACUAAUCUGUUUGUGACACACAACUUGGAUACAAUAAUCAGAUCAAAAGAUGAUGAAGCUAAUAUCAAUAGCCAUAGCACUAAUAGCCGUCGGCUUAGGUUUAUUCCUGACACAUAAACUAUGUUAUGUGCCAGAGAUGCCGGAACUAGAUCAAAACAAAUGGUGGGGAUCAGGUCCAAGGCCGACACAGGAAGACACCGAGAUUAGGCCGUUUAAAAUUGAGUUCAGUGACACGAUGAUCAAAGACUUGCGAGAAAGGCUUACAAACAGGCGACCUCUAACCAAACCUCUUGAGGGCAUACAAUCAGAAUACGGCAUCAACACCGACUACUUGGAAACGAUUCUGGAAUAUUGGGCAAACGAAUACGAUUUCAAGAAACGAGCGGAGUUGCUGAACGAAUUCGACCAUUACAAGACGAGAAUACAAGGUCUAGAUUUGCACUUCAUUAGGAGCAAGCCUAAAGAUGCUAAAGGCAAGAAGGUUCUGCCAUUGCUGAUGCUACACGGCUGGCCGAGUUCUUCUAAGGAGUUUGUUAAAGUGAUUCCUCUUUUGAACGCACCGAGAGAAGGCUUCGAUUUUGUUUUCGACGUUGUCGCUGCGGACUUGCCUGGGUUCGGAUUCUCUGAGGGCACCAACAAGCGCGGCCUAUCCCCGGUGCAGAUGGGCAUCAUGAUGCGUCAGCUGAUGAGGAGACUCGGCAUCAAACAAUUCUACGUGCAGGCGGGCGACUGGGGCUCGCAGUGCGCCACGCACAUGGCCACCAUGUACCCGGGGGAGGUACUGGGAUUCCACACAAACAUGCCCAUAUCGUCGAUGCCAAUUAGCGUGGCCAAGGUCCUGGCCGGGUCCCUAUUCCCGUCGCUAGCCGUGGAUGACCGGUACCGAGACAGAAUCUACCCCCUGGCGGAGCUAUCUAAGUACAUAAUGAGAGAGAGCGGCUACUUCCACAUUCAGGCGACGAAACCUGAUACGAUAAGCGUCGCCCUAACCGACUCGCCCACCGGCCUAGCCGCCUGGAUAGUGGAGAAGAUGGCGGUCUGCACGGACCGUGACUCACUGCAUCUACCCCACGGCGGGCUCAGCGGGCUGCCCCUGCCGGAUGUGCUGGACACCGUGACCAUAGCGUGGGCCGAGCGCCGCGCCGCCACCAGCGCCAGGGUCUACGCGGAGGGCAUCUCCACUGUGGCCACCGAUGUGCAUACUUUACACAAGAUCCCGACGCCCGUGCCGACGGCAGCUAUAAACUUCAAGUACGAAGUGGUGUACCAACCGGACUGGGUGCUGAGGGAUAAAUUCCCCAACUUGGUUCACUCUACUACCCUGGACUUCGGAGGACAUUUCGCCGCCCUACAAACUCCUGAUGUCCUAGUACAGGAUGUCUUUGAAGCUACAGUUGAAUUCCUUAAAUUCCAUUCCAAAAAGAAAUAAGGCAGUUGUGUUUUAAUUUGAACGGAUUUUGGAUACGUGAUUGCUUUAUGAGUAAUUGGUGGUUUGAAUAGUUAAAUAUUUUAUUGUAAAUAUCACAUACAAGCAUGAAAAUAGGAUAAGUGAUUUAAGGACCAACAUUCUUUUGUAACUAUUUGUAUUGUAAAUAGCCUCAGUUCAGAUUGUGUGAAAGGAACAACGAAUACCACUCAUAUCUAAAUAUUAAA